AUGGCCAUACGGGCUCAGUAUGAGAACAGCAACGAAGUUGGAGUGUUUUCCACUUUGACUAACUCGUAUGCACUGGUUUCGCUUGGAUCUUCCACUAAUUUUUCGAGUCUUUUUGAGGCAGAAUUGACUCCUCACAUCCCAGUAGUUCACACUACCAUCGGUGGUACAAGAGUUAUAGGAAGGGUAUCAGUAGGAAAUAAAAAAGGACUUUUGGUGUCCAGCAUUUGUACAGAUAAAGAAUUAAGGCACCUGAGAAACUCACUCCCUGAUUCCGUAGAAAUUCGAAGAAUAGAUGAAAGAUUAUCAGCUCUAGGAAAUUGUAUAUCAGCAAAUGAUUAUGUUGGAUUAAUUCAUGUCGAUAUGGAUAAAGAAACCGAGGAAAUAGUAGAAGAUGUUUUGGGGAUCGAGGUUUUCAGAGCCUCAAUAGCCGGAGAUGUUUUAAUCGGAAGUUAUACUAGAUUUCAAAAUAAAGGAGGACUGGUUCAUGUAAAAACUACAACCAGUGAAAUGGAAGAACUUUCACAACUUUUACAAAUUCCACUAACCUCAGGAACUAUUAACAGAGGCUCAGAUGUUAUUGGAGCAGGAAUUGUCGUCAACGACUGGGUCGCAUUUUGUGGAAUGUCAACCACCGCUACUGAGAUUGCGACAGUUGAAAGAAUUUUUAACUUGGCAAGACCAUCUGGGCUCAAUUCUUCUAUCAUCGAUUCCUAUAGUCUUAAGAGUGCAUUAAUUGACACAUUAAUUUAA